AUGAUGCCAGCAAGACUCGACGGAGAUGAUGAUGAUGGUCCUCAUGAGUCUGUGUACGGUCUGGUUAUCGAGCCGGAGUUGCCGAAGCCAAAGCCGGCGAGACAUAAGUCUAAGUAUUCAGCAACCAUACCCCCGACUUCUAGUACAUUCACUACGGCUCAGACUAGCAAGCCUGGUAUAUCCAACGUUGCAGGAUCGCAGGAGGUGGAGAAACCGAAGCCUACUGAACACAUUUACUAUAAACCGCACGCCACCUUUGGAGUACCUGUCGGGUCGGCCAAACCUGAUCCGAAAAAGCCUCUGAGGAAGUUCGAGAAAAACAAAAGGAUUGAGUCUCUGACGGAGAUCCGAAAGAAGAGCCCAGAGAAAUUGAAGGCGACAGUGGCUCACGCCGCGAUCAAGCCGGCGCUGCCGAAGUCGGGUGAGAGACCCGUCAUGAAUCUGGUGUCCGGUAAGAAUUUCAUCACUGCCAACGCUGUAGACAACAUUUUAAAAGCACCUCCUCCUCCGGUGGAAGGCGGUGAGUAUGGGGAGCUGGCCAAGGACUAUCUCAGGAAAUCUGACUACGGGAAAGUACCUGCGUAUUUGGAGAAGAUCAAAGCCGACAUCAAAUCAGAAUACGACUAUAUACGGCAAUUACAGGACCAACAGAGGAAGGAGGAGCAGGGCAAGAUACGACCGUUGCCUGAUGAGGAAAGAUUAGAGUUAAUCGAGGCACUUAAGAAGAAGUGGGAGAAGGUCAAUGCUGAUUAUCAGUGCAUGACGCAUCUCACCAAGUUGGAUACGAUCGGGAAAACCAGGCGUAAAGAGAGUUUUGAAGCACAGCUUGCGGCUAUUGAGAACGAUAUUGCUAAGCUGAAUCGAAGGCGGGUAUUGAUUGACACUUCGAUGUGA